GUGCGCCAGGGGGCGCUCUGAUUGGAGGGCGGAGGAGCCGGAUGUGGGGAAGCAGUUCCUGUCUGGUCUGUCUGCGGGAUGGACGCGCCUAGGGAGCCAGGGGCUCCCCCCAGGCCCCCCCUGGAGCAGGAAGGGGUCCAGUUCCUUCAGCAGGCAGUGGGAUCGCUGUUCUCAAACUAUGGCUGGUACAUCCUCUUCAGCCUCAUUGCAGUUUAUUUUCUUGUACAGAAGAUCACCAAAAACUUUAGAGGCCCCAGAAAACCCCGCUUGGACACAACAGCUGUCGAAGCCGAUGCCGUUGUCCGACGCCAAGAAGCUGUGCUGGCCGCCCGGCUGCGGAUGCAAGAAGAGCUGAACACACAAGCAGAGAAAUUCAGAGAGAAGCAGAAAAAGCUUGAAGAAGAGAAGAGGAGACAAAAGAUUGCAAUGUGGGAGAGCAUGCAGGAAGGAAAAAGCUACAAGGAGACUCUCAAAGAGAACCAGGAACCUGAAGCCCCAACAUCGGCUGCCGUCCCAAAGCCCAAACCCAACAGAAAACCUCUACGAGACGGUGGUUACAACCCUCUGUCUGGCGAAGGUGGUGGGACGUGCUCGUGGAGACCGGGCCGCCGAGGCCCUUCAUCAGGGGGAUGAGGCUAACCUUUGCCAGUGUUUCCCAUUGACACUGGCAGGCAUGUGACUCGACCCCACGAUGCUGGCUGUCGAUGAGUUGCUUGAAACAGGGAUCUGCAGGGAGGGAGGCAGGGUUUGUUCUAGUCCUGUAAGAGCCUCAAACAUUGUGUGAGACCCAAGAUUUUAGCACAACCAGUAACCGGUUGAAAAGUCCACAGAGUAUGGCCGAAGUUGGCAGGAAUCAGUGCCUCUGUUCUGGUGUGCAUGUUUUCUCUUUGGGGAGGUCAUGCGGCCGAGGCCUUGGCACUCUGGGCAGGAUGUCUGGUCUGUCUUUCUGUCUCAUGUGUCCCGUCCGAUUCCUCCUCUGUGAAAUGGGCAUAUUGCUUACUUUCCCUGAAAGCAGAGGCUGAACUUUACACUCGUGCUUUGGCUUCUGUCAGGAAAAGACCCCCAUGAAAGGGCAAAAUGCCCUUUCUUUUAGUAAUCCCAGGCUAACUUUGGACUCUUGUAAGCUUUGGUCCCCAAAACUGGAGGAGGAUGUGCAAAGAUCUGGGGCAAGGGCAAUGAGAGGCAGGCCAGUGUGAUCCCCUCGGUUUCCAGGCUGGCCGCCCCUGCCCCUGUGUUGAUGAUCUGUACACAGCGCUCUCCGGCGUUCCUCCUGUGGGCAGAUGUAGCCAACUGCACUUCCAGGUCACGCCAUGUGAUUCUUGAGCUCGGCAUCGGGUUCGGCCCUCCCAGCAGUACAAAUGGACGGCGAGUGCGGUUUGUUGGCGAUUCCCUGUAACAAGCAACGCUGAAUGAAGUUGUCCUUUUUAAAUGGUGUACACACCAGUGAGGGCCACUGAAACUAGACAACCAAUGGGGUACAGUUCUUGCUGUCUCCUCCUCUUAUUUAUCUGCUUUGUACAACACAAAAUCUGUAAAUAACACUUGCAAUAUAGCUCUUUCUAUGGCUUUUUUUUUUCCUAGCGAGAAAAGUAAGCAAUUAACUUGAUAAAUGUGUUUGAAGCA